GCGCUAUGGUGGCAUCCCGGAAGACUUGGCUGUUUUCACAGUUGUUGUUGUUGUCCAAAACACAAACACAGACCGUUUGGCUGCUUCUAGUUUGUGUGUCGCUCGCUGUUGCUGACUCAGUCCUAAUGGCAGAUCAGCUGCCAAGCAGAGACCGCGCUCUGAGAGGAAGAGAAGAGAAAAUGGUCGUGGCAGACAAGCAUGCAGUUAAUGGGAAUCCCACUGUGGAGCCAUUCCCAGAAGGCAUGGAGACCAUCAUGUUUGGUAUGGGCUGCUUCUGGGGAGCUGAGAGACUUUUCUGGAGGCUUUCAGGAGUCUUCUCCACACAGGUGGGCUACGCGGGCGGCUUUACACCCAACCCCUCCUACCACGAGGUCUGCACAGGUCUGACGGGACACACUGAGGUGGUCAGGGUGGUCUUCUCUCCUGAAGACAUCAGCCUUGAGAAACUGCUGAAACGCUUUUGGGAGAGCCACGAUCCUACACAAGGUAUGAGGCAGCAGAAUGACCGUGGUACACAGUAUCGUUCAGCAAUUUACACAUCCAGCCCUGCUCAACAGGAGCUUGCAUUGAAGAGCAAACUGGCCUUCCAGCAGGAACUGGAUAAAAAAGGCUAUGGUCCCAUUACCACAGAGAUUCUGGAGGGUCAACAGUUUUACUACGCUGAAGACUAUCACCAGCAGUACCUGAAGAAGGUACCUAAAGGCUAUUGCGGCCUCAAAGGCACCGGGGCCUCUUGUCCCAUUGGAGCUGAGAAGGAUGAACUGUGAGGAAUGUGUGUUGAGAAAGUGACGGAUAAGGAUUCUUUAAGGCACUAAUUUACUUUUUUAUUUUGAAAACAAUUUGAUACACUUGUUAAAGUCCCUCUCCACUACAAAAUGUGUUUUUCUUCUUGUCCCAACAGUUGGAUAUUUGAGCCUCAUGUGCAGAAUAAAUGAAUGUGCAGAGUUUGACACUGGGAGGCUGUUAAAAGUAGGAAGUUUCCCUUUAAUUUAGAAGCCAAUCACGGUCUAAUAGUCAACUUACAAAAGUGUGAUGUGGAAAUUUGAAUCCUUCAGUGCACAGACUCUGAGAAUGGACUUUACAGUGAAGUAGGAGACAUUUUGUGUCCAGCAGUUUUUUUGCAUUUGCAUAUUUAUAGAUUCGAUCAUUUUUAUUUGGACAGAAAUAAUAGAAAGAUAAUUUAACUUUUUUUGUAUAAAAACCAUAUCAGGUAUACAGUAUUAUUCAGUAUUUUAUAUACAUCUUUAGAGAGGAUCUUUAAAUUAUGAAUUUAUAUUGUGUCUGUCAAACUUUCUAGCAUAAUAGAAUAUUUGAUCAAAUUCAGGCAAAUUCACUGCUAGGUCUCAGGCAAUAGUUUGUUCAAAGCUUCACUAUAUAUCCUGUCUUUCUGGUACCCCUGUGAGAUUAAUACAGUGUUUACACUGUAAGUAACUUUGUAUGUAGGCUAUAGCAAUUCAAAAAAGCAAUUCAAAUUGCUUGACAUAAGGCAUAACAAUCAAUUAAAACAACAAGACAAACAGGAGAAAAAUAACAUAAGGUAAAUGGAAUAAAAUAGUUGCAGCUGACUGUUGGACUGCAGCAACAGUAAACUUCCACAGGGUGGCGACAUCUCUCAAAGAACACAAACCAGAAUGUUUUCAUUGCAUUUCUUUUUAAUGUGACAUAGCUGAGAAAUGGUCUAAAAACUUCACUGUAAUAAUAAUAAUUCUUUUUCCUCAAAUGCAUUAAUCUGACCAGUAGCACAGCAAUACGCAAUGAAUACUUGAUGUAAUCUUAUUGCUUUCUUUUUAUUGUAAAUAUCUUGAUUUGAUUGAAUCAAGUAAUGAAUAUUGACAUAU